AUGUUAGGGCAGCAGCAGCAGCAACUAUACUCGUCGGCCGCGCUCCUGACCGGGGAGCGGAGCCGGCUCCUCACCUGCUACGUGCAGGACUACCUCGAGUGUGUGGAGUCGCUGCCCCACGACAUGCAGAGGAACGUGUCUGUGCUUCGGGAGCUGGACAACAAAUAUCAAGAAACAUUAAAGGAAAUUGAUGAUGUCUAUGAAAAAUAUAAGAAAGAAGAUGAUUCAAACCAGAAAAAACGCCUACAGCAGCAUCUCCAGAGAGCAUUAAUAAAUAGUCAGGAAUUGGGAGAUGAAAAAAUUCAGAUUGUCACGCAGAUGCUCGAAUUGGUGGAAAAUCGGGCAAGGCAGAUGGAGCUGCAUUCACAGUGUUUUCAGGAUCCUGCUGAAGGUGAGCGCGCCUCGGAUAAGGCAAAGAUGGAUUCCAGCCAACCAGAAAGAUCUUCCAGAAGACCCCGCAGACAGAGAACCAGUGAAAGCCGUGAUUUAUGCCACAUGACGAAUGGGAUUGAAGACUGUGAUGAUCAGCCACCUAAAGAAAAGAAAUCCAAGUCAGCCAAGAAAAAGAAGCGCUCCAAGGCCAAGCAGGAGAGGGAAGCUUCGCCUGUUGAGUUUGCAAUAGAUCCCAAUGAACCUACAUACUGUUUAUGUAACCAAGUGUCUUAUGGGGAAAUGAUCGGAUGUGACAAUGAACAGUGUCCAAUUGAAUGGUUUCACUUUUCAUGUGUCUCACUCACCUAUAAACCAAAGGGGAAAUGGUAUUGCCCAAAGUGCAGGGGAGAUAAUGAGAAAACAAUGGACAAAAGUACUGAGAAGGCAAAAAAGGAUAGAAGAUCGAGGUAG